AGAAGUCGAGGAAUUGGAUCGCUGCUGCCGUUAUCGUCGUUGUCGUCGUCGUUUGCGUUUAUGGAUUAUUCGACAAUGGAUAGCUGACAAAAUGUUGCAGAUCAAAAAGGAAUCUAUAAAAAGGGAGAGCCCCGAGGCCCCUACUCCUGAUAGUACAACUGUUGAAAGCAAGAGUUAUAUUUGUGGAGAAGAAGUAUUGGUUCAUCUAAAUGAUGAACGAUUUUAUUUAGGAUUUAUAGCAAAAUUGAGGUAUAAAGAAUCUAAAUGUUUAGUUAAGUUUGGUGAUAAUACAGUAAAAUGGGUAUUCUUAAAAAAUGUUACACGAAUGACAUGUACGAGUACCACUACUCAAUUUUGCAAUGUGUGCAAUAUCGAGGCUAUGCCAGAUGAUAUUUGUGUAUGUGAUAAAUGUGCUAAUGUAUACCAUCGUAAAUGUCAUAAGCCGGAAGUUGAAGUUACAGAUGUUACUGUAUGGAUAUGUUUUCAAUGUAAAGAAAAACAACAGAUUAAUAGACUGCAAGUUACAAAUUCUGUAUCAAGCACAAUUGUUCCAAAAGUUGUUAAACUACCUUAUGAUCUGAAUGCUUUACAAUGGGAUAUACACCACCGUAUUAACAAUUUAGGAACCUAUUGCUAUUGUGGUGGACCUGGUGACUGGUUCAUUAAUAUGCUGCAAUGUGGUAAAUGUUUACAAUGGUUUCAUGAAAAAUGUGUCACUUCAUUGAUAUAUCCUCUGUAUCUUGGGGAUAGGUUCUAUGUCUUUUUGUGUUCCGUGUGCAAUGUAGGUACAGAGUUUGUACGUCGUAUUGAAAUGGAAUGGUCGGAUUUAGUUCAUCUUGCCCUUUUUAAUAUGACUGCUUAUAAACCACAGAAAUAUUAUGAUGUGGACAUAAAUAUACUUCCAUACUUAGAUAAUCAUUGGACUUCAAUGUAUCUACCUCCUAAAAUUCUUAAUGUUCCUGUUGAUGACAGGAAAGUUUAUGUUGUCAAUUCCCUGCUCAAAGACACCAAUCAUAGGUUUGAAUUCCAGGGUAAAAAACCCACCAACAUGUGGGGACUCCGACUGAAGUUGCCACCUAAGCCCCCACGUUUUACGUUACCCGCAGAAGUUCCAAUUAAUGAGAAUCUUUUGCAUCACCAAUUGCGCAAUAAACUUAACCUCAGUAUAUUACCACCUCCAAAAAAGACUGAUCUUGUAAUAAAUGAACGACUUACCGAAUCAAUGUAUUCAGUGGAAGGAUUGAAAUUUUUACAUCAAGAUUCACAUGUUGUCAUGUUACCAAAAGGCCUUCCAUCAAUUGGACAUAAUGUAAGUAUUGAACAUUUACAUUUUUAUUUUCAUUGUAAAAAAAUGAUAUAAGUAAAUUUGCUAUGUUGAUCUGUCAUUCUAUAUAGAACAUUGUAUAUCUUCU